AUGUCAGAAGCAAUUCAAGAGCGCGGGCCGCGACGCCCAACUUCACGUCUUGAUUUCGAGAUUGCUAUCAUCUGCGCUCUCGCUAUUGAAGCCAACGCCGUGUACUCCCUGUUCGAUCACAGCUGGGACGAAGGCGGUCCCUUAUACGACAAAGCUACCGGUGAUACCAACGCCUAUUCCGCCGGUACCAUUGGCCGCCACAACGUCGUGCUUGCACACAUGCCGGGCAUGGGCAAAGCCAAUGCCGCAGCUGUCGCUGUCGCUGUCAGCUGCCGAGCGAGUUUCCCCAACAUCAAGCUUCCCGUUCUGGAGACCCAAAUUGCUCUGGCAUACACGUACUGGCUCCGACGGACAAGCCCGGAGGUCCCAACCUUCUGGGUCCAUGGAAGCAACGCCGAGCAAUUCCAACAAACGAAAGAUCACGGCCGAUGGCUGAUGGUUAUCGACAACGCCGACGACAUGCAACUCUUCUUCGGUAGCCCGGCAGACUCUUCGAAGGGCGAUGAUCAUCUGCCAUUGGCACUCGUUCAAGCAGCUGCCUUCAUUGAAGCGAAUACUAUAACGGUGGGCGAGUACCUUCGGCUUCUCGACAAGGGUGAUAGACGCCUCGUCGACUUGCUUGGCGAGGAGUUCGAAACAGUGGGCAGAGACUUGGAAACUCCGCGCGCUGUCGCAGAGACAUGGAUCCUCUCGUUCGAGCAGAUCUAACGACAGAACGCUCUCGCAAGCAAACUAAUGUCCUUCAUGAGCCUUCUUGACCGCCAAGCCGUUCUGUUAGAGUUCUUGUCCCACUACAACGAGCAACAGCGCGGCCAAGAUUUAAAUGGAGAGAUACAGCCGACAAAGGCUCUGGGGGUGAUCUGAGGCAGAGGGUGUUGUGGUG